AUGGGUGUUAAGUUUCCAAGUUCCCUUUUGAAUAAGAUAUGGCAUUAUUCGGAGGUGCCGCAAACCGCUGUUUCCUUGAGGCAGAUGUGCCAAUUUGGGUCACAUCCCACGCCUGGGUUGAUGUUUAAGGCAUCUUGCUUUCUGCUAAACGAAUUGCCUGUACGAUUAGCGCACAGAAUCAAGGAGUUGGAAUCGCUUCCAAGAGAAUUGAACAAGGUGGAAGAGGUUAUCACUGUUAGAGAUUGGUACACGCAGUCUUUCCAGGAGCUCUACGAGUUCUGCCAUGAUGAGUCUCAAAACCACGGUGCUAUCUACCAGUCUCUUUUCUACGGAUCGAAGACUGCUAAUGUGGAUAGUCUUGCCAAGAUGCUAUUUACACAGGAGGAAAUGGAGACUAUGAAACAAGCUCAAAACGCCAAGAAUAGUCUCUAUUGCAAGCACAAAAAAUUUGUAGAUGACGGGAUUGUGAUGAAGAUUCCUGGGCCCCAGUCGCAUACUUCUAGCCAACCGAUAAACACUAAUGGACUCGUACCUUUGCCUCAAAAAUACUUUUCGCCGUUACCAGCUUCUACGGUAAAAGAAUGGAGCAAGUCGCAGGAUUUCUACCAGUUUUGGCCCGCUGAUCUUUUGCUCUUCAACAGAAGCUUUUAUAAUGUACUUCAAAGAAUCAAAGAACGUCACGAUGCUACCGUGAUAACGUUGGCAAAAGGUGUGUUGAAGUGGAAGAAAACCCACCAACAAAACGUCGUAGACGAUUCGAUCCAGUCUUUCUUAGAUAGAUUUUAUCUCUCGAGAAUCGGAAUAAGAAUGCUCAUCGGCCAGCACUUGGCUCUAUUGGAAUCUGCUAGACAACCAGCACAGGAGCCCAUGGAUGAAGAUGACGAAAAUUGGGUUGGUAUCAUAUGCACUAAAACAAACAUUACUCAAUUGGCAAAAUCCGCUAUAGACAACGCCCGUCAUAUCUGUGCAGAUCAUUACGGUUUGUACGAAGCUCCUAAAGUUCAACUUUUAACCUUCCCAUUGGACUAUCGUCCUUCAACGGAGGGAACUACAAGUUGCACGAACGAAGCACCCGAUAUCGAAUUCAUGUACGUCCCAGGACAUUUGAUUCACAUGUUGUUCGAAACCUUAAAAAACUCCCUAAGAGCCACUGUAGAGAAAGUCAUUGCUAAAAACAAAUCCAAGGAUAGAUACGAUUUGACUUUCCCUGAUAUUAAAGUUAUUAUAACGGAAGGUACUGAAGACUUGACGGUAAAAAUCUCCGAUGAAGGUGGUGGUAUUGCAAGGUCCAACAUGCCUUUGGUGUGGACAUAUCUUUACACUACCAUGCCUGAAGAUGAACAAAUUGGUCUCAUGUCUGAAGAAUUGAGUCAAAAUUUCAGGAUACCAAUGGCUGGUUACGGCUACGGACUAGCUCUCAGCAGAUUAUAUGCCCGUUACUUCGGUGGGGAUCUAAAGUUAAUGUCCAUGGAAGGAUUUGGGACCGAUGUUUAUUUACAUUUAAACAGACUAAGCACCAGUAGCGAACCUCUCCAGUGA